GACAGCUGCAAGUAAACACAGCGAGACGUUUAGUUUUCCCUUAAUUAUUUUUAGUUUAAAUCUAUUUUAACCGGGUUUUUAAAGUUGCAAUUCGUUAUUCAGCAUGCCUCGGGCAAAAUCACGUAACAACGUGGACAUGUGUGGCGAUUGCGGAGCCCUAGAUGCGUCGUGGGCGUCGAUAAAUAAAGGGAUUUUGUUGUGUACCGAGUGUUGCAGCGUGCACCGCAGUCUGGGCAGGCAAAUUUCCCAGGUUAAGCAUCUAGUUAAGAGCCACUGGCCCGGAUAUCAACUACAGAUGUUACAAGCGUUAAAUAACAACGGGGCGAACAACAUUUGGGAGCACAGUUUGUUGGAAAACGGGUCAAAAUUAUUAAAACGCAAACCAACCGCCAAAGACCCUUUGAACGUCAAACAAGAGUUCAUAAAGGCCAAACACGAGCAACUGGCUUACGCGUUUCGCGAUAACUACGAGACGGGGAGCGCGGAGAACGAGUUGGGAAAACAGUUGCACGCCAGCGUGCGCACGUCGAAUUUGGAGGCCUCUUUUCGCCUGUUGGCCUCCGGCGCAGAUCCGAACUACUUUCACGACGAAAAGGGCAACACUCCUCUGCACGUGGCGGUGAAAAACCAGCAGCGCUUCCAGAUCGAGCUGUUGCUGGCGUUCGGGGCCGACCCCAGCUACCCGGACGCGCGCAGGAGCGCCCCCUUCGAUCUGGCCAAGGAGCUGGCUUGGAAGGAUUUGGCGAAGCGGUUGCAGGAGGCGCAGUACGACGUCACCGACACGUUCAGCAACUAUCUGUGCAUGAAGAAACCGGACCACGGGGCGGGGAUACACUUCUUGAUCCCGCCCAUAGGCUUCAAGUCCAACCCCACCUCGUUGGCUAAGUUGCAGAAACUUUCAAACAACGUUUUUGAAGAACUGGUUAUGGACGUUUAUGAUGAAGUAGAUAGAAGAGAAACUGAGGCCAUAUGGCUGGGUUGCGCAGACACCACGCAAUUGAGCGAAAUCCCGUUUUUGCCCGUCGAUUCGACCCUUUCGUCGACGAGAAACCAGGGUAGGCAAAAAUUGGCGCGCUUCACAACGCCAGAUUUCAAAAGCUUGGUUUACGAUAUCCUCAUCGACACGCAGAGAAGGCAAUUGCGGACUGUGAAAGGUUUCAUGCCAAAUCUAAGGGAGUACUCCCAAGUCCCCGAUGAGGAUCCUGUGUACGAUUCCGUCGCUUCCGAUGACGAUUACGAACUGGUUCCAGGUUCGGAGGAUGGAGACGUUCACGAUAAAUCCAAAGAACUGGACACCAUGGAACUAGAGAACGCGAAAAAACGUCGCCAAAUAGUCGCGGAGCUAACAGAUCAGCUCCGAUCUUCCGACAACACGAUAACAGAAUUGAAAGGCGAGGUUUCCCAGCUGAGGAAGUGCCUGAAAACAUUGCAAAACGAAAAUUUCGAACUGAAAAGUCAGCUGUCUUUACAGAACAAGAAUUUCACCAACCACAACAACGGCGAUUGUUUGGACAAUAAUAACGACGAAACAGACUUAAGACAAAAGGAUGAAACAGACUUGAGACAAAAAGUUAAUAAAGUGCAAAGGCCUACAAGCAUGUUUGAACCCAGGGAGGGGCUAGGGAAACUUUCAAAUUGGCACAAUAUCAAACAGCAAAACAAACUGAACAAUAAUCAACCGAAAAACCCGCACAACUUUUACGAUUGCGACGAUAGGAAAAAAGUUUUGGAAUGCACCGAACAAAUAACCAGAAGUAUUCAAAAUUUGUGCAAAAGUAUACAGGAACCGGAAAGGGGCGAGUGCCCCGAGCAGGCCGUGGAAGUCAAACUGUCAAUUGUCAAAUUGUCAUCAAAUUUACCUGAGAAUUCCGACCUAAUAAGGAAAAUGAUCGAGCUGGCUAACCGACUCGAACCGGAAUGCGCCGAACUGCAGUUGUCGAAAAUGAACAACGACAACAGCGCAUUCGACGUGCACUACAACAGGAUCCGCGAGGUUGCCUUCCACCUCGCCAAGUUCACUAAGGAAAUCGUGACGAAAUAUUCCACGAACGCAUAAAAAACGUCAAAUUGACAACGUUGAAAGAAAAAGUUUAAUUGGCAACGCAGCAUUUUGUUAGGUUGACGAGGGUAAACGUCAAAUUUUGUUAGGUUAGGUUUUUAUGUACAAAUUGACAGUUCAUGUCAAUUUUCCAUGUUUUAAAAGUAUUUUAACCGUUAAAUGUAUUGAAUUUUACUGCUUUUAUCAAAUUUUAUUGUUAAUGUUUUUAUAUAUUGUGCAAUUUUUCAUCUGAAUUCGUUUACGAAACACGUAUUUUAUCGUAAAAUUAGCUUUAAUCAUAUUUGACUGAUUUUUAACAAGAUAGUUUAAUGGUUGUUAAAACUUCAUUUUUAUUGUAUUGUUAUAUUUAUUUUAUAAAAAU